GAGGAAGGGAAACAUACAUUCACUGUAAACACGUGACAAUAGCGAUCCUGUUUUAAACGUCAGGUUAUUGGGUAUACUGUAGUUGGAUCUGUAGGGAACUCGCCCGUGUUUACAUACAACAGCUUAAUGAUAUCUCAUCACUGCGACUAACUUUUGUUCUUUUGUCUCCUUGAAUGGUGAUGCACCGAUUACAUUCGCCCCUCAGGCAAGAUGGUUUGGUUUAUGGAAGGAAUGUGCUUAUUACCUACUUUCCUGGUCAUUUGGUCAUCGAUCACGUUCAUUGUUUCUUAUAUUAUCGCACUGUUACGACGAGAUGUUGAUGUUGUUCUUCCUUAUAUAAGCGAUACAGGGGCCACCCCUCCUGAGAGCUGUGUGUUUGGAUUCAUGUCGACAAUCACUGCCUUUGCAGCAUUUGCCACCAUGUAUGCUGAAUAUAAGUUUGUAGAGAGAGUACAUGAGAGAACAGGUAGCAUGUCCCUCUGUCUGAACAAGGCUUCUUUUGGUUUUGGCAUAAUCUCAUGUGUCGGCAUGUGUUUUGUGGCUACAUUUCAGGAGACAACAGUGAUGGCCGUCCAUGAUUUUGGGGCUUUACUAUUCUUCAUUUCUGGGGUUAUAUACACUGUCCUUCAGAGCGUGAUAUCAUACCGUGCUCAUCCUUAUGGAUCUUCAAAGUGCAUGUGUCAUUUCCGCACAUUCUUUGCUGUACUGGCCUUCCUGGCAGUAUUUCCCACCAUUUUCUGCGCAGUUUCUGUUGGAACAAGCAAACUUCACUGGAACACUGAUGAUAAGGAUUACACACUUCAUAUUGUUAGUGUUGCGUGUGAAUGGAUCACUACCUUCAGUUUCAUUUUCUUCUUCUUGACAUACAUCCAAGAGUUCAAGCAAUUCACUCUGAAACUGACUGUUAAUUUAAUGGAGUAUUCGUGACCAACAUCAUACUGUGUUAUAGAAUGAAUUAUGGUGCAUUUUUAAAGGGAUAGUUCACCCAAAAAUGAAAGUUCUCUCAUCAUUUGCUCACCCUCAUGCCAUCCCAGAUGUGUAUGACUUUCUUUCUUCUGC